AUGAGACUCUCGGUUCUGUUUCCUCUUUCAGAGCUCUUCAGAUCUGUUGGUGGAUCUUCAGGUCAGGAGUUGAUCCAUGCUGUAGGAGAAUCUGUUACAUUCGGUACCAGUGUACCAGUAUUUGGGACAUUAAUAUAUAAAGGUGGCACAGUUGCACAGGUGUUUAAUAAACAGAGUGACACAAAUUCUAGUGAGAAGUUUGUGAAUCGUCUUCAGUGGCUCAGUCUGACUGGGCUCUUCACUCUCUCAGACCUGAGAACAGAUGAUUCAGGACUUUACACAGUGGAGAGCACUAAAGACCAAAAGAGUAAACAGGAAUAUCAGUUGGAGGUGUACGAGAGAGUUUCAGCUCCUCAGGUGAUGAAGACCCCCUCCUCUUCUUCAGAGUUCUGUUCAGUGCUGUGUUCUGUGAGGAACAGCAGAGGACUGAAUCUAUCUUUGUAUGAAGAUGAUGUUUUAUUAAACCACACCAGCAGCAGCAGCAGCAGCAACAUCACACUGAAUCUUCUUCUAGAAAUAAAGAGCAAUAAUCUCACAUCAAAGACCUUCAGCUGUGUGUCCUCCAAUCCAGCCAGUCAUGAGAGAAUCAGAAUCAACCUCACACACUACUGCUCUCUGAACACAGUUGAUCCUCAGACCCCUGUGCACGUCCCUGUAAUACGUUCCGUGCUUUUAUUCGUGCUGGUGAUCCUGAAGAUCGUGUAUCUGUAUCUUCGUAGAAAAAAACAGGUGAACGGAAGACAGAGAAAUAUACCACAACCAGCUUUAGAGAAAGCAUGUCUGCCAUGUCUGACUGCCCCUGAUAACAGAAUUGACAAAAGAGGAACUAAAGAAUGUUAUCAUAUAAUUAUUUUAAUCCCUGAUGUUCCAUAA